GUUCCCUUCCUGCAUUCGCAAACACAGACAGACAACACAGCUUCAAGCAGACAUGGCCACUGCCUCCAGUUUGCUGUCUGAAGAUCUGUUCGUCUGCUCCAUCUGCCUGGAUGUUUUCACUGAGCCUGUUUCGAUUCCAUGCGGACACAACUUCUGUAAGGCCUGUAUUACCAGGCACUGGGAGGGCAAAGAGCAGUGUCAGUGCCCACUGUGCAACGCGAAGUUCAACAAAGGCCUCAAACUUUGUGUCAACACCGGAUUCAGGGAGGUUGUGGAGAAUUUCAAGGAACAUCAUGCGAAAGCUGCCAAUAAUUCCCCAGUCAAACCAGGACAGGUGCCAUGUGACUGCUGCCAUGACAACAAGUCCCAAGCCUCAAAAACCUGUUUGGUGUGCUUGACCUCUUAUUGUGAGACACACCUUGAGCCUCACCUGAGAGUCGCAGCCUUGAAGAGACACAAGCUGACAGAUCCUGUGCAUAAUCUGGAGCACCAAAUAUGCGAGAAACACAACAGGAUGUUGGAGCUCUUCUGCAGGACUGACCAGACGUGUGUUUGUGUGCUGUGUACAGAGCAUAGCACUCAUGAUACCGUCCCUUUGGAGCAAGCGUUUGUAGACAAGAGGGUUCACAUGGGGAGGAAAAAGGCAGAAUUACAGGUGAUAAAGCAUAAAAGUGGGAAGAAGGCUCAGAAAACAAAAGUAGCACAGCAGAAGAGAAAAGGCAGGGUUAAAGCGAUGGCAAACAGUGGGAUGUCCGAACAAAUGCAACCUCCUUCUGUUUGGUGGAUUCCAGAUCGAUUCAACACUAAUUGCUGUGUUAAUGCAAACACGGACUUUUCUGAGGGGAGAUUCUAUGUUGAGGUUCAGGCGGUUCAAGGGAGAUGGGAUUUAGGAGCAGUCAGAAAGCCGAUGCGUGGGACGAGGACAUUCAUACCUAACCCCAGCAAUGGAAACUGGGUCAUAAGGUUGGGACCCAGCUGCAACACUGAAAACACCCCUGUCCAAUUCUUCUUGAUAACGAGACCUGAGAGAUUUAGAGUGUUUGUGGACUAUGAUGAAGGAUUGGUGUGCUUCUACGAUGCAGACACUGCACUCCCAGCCUUCACUUUUACCCACUGCAAAUUCAAUGAGAUGAUUUACCUAUUCUACAGGCCUGCAGAGGAUGACAGCUGGGCACAGAGGCUGCAAAAGAGGGUUAGGAGGAUGAAAGUAGGGUCACAACUUCUAGAUGUUGCAUUUUUCAUUGUCUGUAUUGUGAUUUCUCUGUUUUCAAUACUGCAAAGUGAAACAGAUGGUGAUUAAGUCUGAAUCUGGUUAAAUCUGAUCAUAUGCCCACUGCCUGGAUAUUUUACAUACAUCUUUACAAACUUUUGUGAUACUUCCUAGAGAUGAAGUUGCAUGUUUACUUUUUAACCUUAUUUUACCAUAUAUGUAUUUUUGUAAUUAUACAUUUUUAUUUUUUUAUUUUAUUUUUUUUAAAUCUUGACAUAAAAAAUGUGUUCUUACAGUGGUGAAAGUACCUGCAGAGGCACGGAGGGUAUAAAGGUUCAUAUACAGUAAUGAUGUUGUAAUCAUGACCUUGUAUGCUUGUUUUAUUUAGUGCUGAAUUAUCAGAAUUUGAUAUACAAAAUUAUUUUACAUAAAGUUUGCAUCUGUUUGAAACAUGA